AUUUUGUAGUAGUCUUCUCAAAGUAUUUUCCUCGACUUCGACUAAUUAGUGAUUAGUUUUUUGGGGCUUAUUUGAGUUGGCCCAGCAUAAACGCCAAUCUCGGGCCCAAAUCAAGAAACUAAUAUCUGAAUUUGCUAUGCCUUCGAGAUUCUUUACAGAAAGAAAUAAAUUCAUAAUUCUUCUUCCUGGUACAAAAUUCCCAGUUCCAUCAGCUCCAAAAUCCCACUAUUUUUCUUGUUCUUCUCGAAAUUUGCAGAGAGAAAAAGCUUGAUUUGAUUCCUACAGUGAUCCCUCUCGACUUUUCCAUGGCAAAUGCAUGGAAAAGAAACCAACCCACAAAAUUUUUCACCCCGAAAACAAUACUCCUCUUCCUCUCGACUUCCUUUGUACUCUUGGUAUUCUUCUACCUAGCCACCCAAAUCCAAACUCCCAGCCCUAAAACCCUCAAAAGCCUGAAUCAAGAUUUGAUCGUUGAGAGGAAAAUCAAGCCUUUUGAUUGCUACAAUUCACCGCAAGCGCACCCAGUGAUUGCCAACAUUGUUGAAGGCCUUAAAUACCCAUUUCUGUACUCACUUUCAGAUUUCGGAAAUUUGCCUGAUAAGCCUCACAAGAACAUUGUCAGAACACUUAAAGGGAAACCCUUUAGGAAGGCUGAUAUCUCGGGGACUGUGCAGGAACUAUUGGAAGGUAUGAAGGGCAAAGAAGGGAUCUUUCUGGAUGUGGGUGCUAAUGUGGGAAUGGCUACCUUUGCCGCUGCUGCAAUGGGAUUUAAGGUUUUGGCUUUUGAGCCUGUUUUCGAAAAUUUGCAGAAGAUUUGUGAGGGGAUUUACUUCAACAGAGUUGGACACUUGGUUGAAGUGUUUGAGGCUGCAACGUCGGAUCAGUUAGGAAACAUCACGUUUCAUAAGUUAGUUGGACGGCUAGAUAAUAGUGCAGUCUCAGCAACUGGUGCGAAAAUGGCAUUCAAGUCCAAUGAAGAGAUUGAACUUCAAGUCAGGUCUAUCCCCCUUGAUGACGUGAUUCAAGAGACUGAGCCUGUGCUACUGCUCAAAAUUGAUGUUCAGGGUUGGGAGUAUCAUGUGCUAAAAGGGGCCUCAAAGUUACUUUCGAGGAAGAAAGGAGAAGCUCCUUACCUGAUAUAUGAAGAAGAUGAGCGCUUGUUGCAAGCUAGCGACAGUAGUGCUAAGGAGAUAAGGAAAUUCCUUCACAGUGUAGGUUACCAUAAUUGCACUCAACAUGGUACUGAUGCACACUGCACAAAGACGGAUUGACAAGUUGAUACUUAUUUAAGAAUCUGGUCCGGCACAAGCAGAGGAAAACUGGUUACAACCUUUGUGUUGUUUGAAUAUGUUGAGCAAUGAACUGUCAUUUUAUUUGCUGUUCUAUCUUGAUGGCUGGAUAACCUCAUCUGAUAUUGCUAGCUAAGGUUGCUGGAAGAUAGAGUGGCAUUUACAUCAGGAGACUGGUUAGCUUUCUUCGCGAGUAGUCCAUAAAGUGAUAGAUGUGUAGCUAACGUAAGACUUGGUAAAUUGAUGAUAUCAGAGGGAAUGACACGAUGAUGAAUACUGUAAAGCUACUGAUUUUAACAUCCGGCGACAGUUGUGAGCAUUGGAAGGUUUGUUGGUUUAUCUAUAAUUCUCUUCUAUGUUCCAUGUUCCAAAAUGCUUGUUUCAUUUAAAAUUUCCAUUUCAUUGAUUUGAUAUAGUCAAGAUAGUGCUCUUAUUUAGUUUUAUGAUUAUUUGAGGCCCGAGGAGGCAUUAUUGGAAAUUGGGAGAAAAUAUGGGUUUGAUGCAGAUUUUGUAUGGAUAUAAUGUUCUCAUAUAAAGCUUUCUCUUUGUUGUUCUACUUCUUUGUUUUGGCAAUUCUUGUUUUGUUGUUUGAUGUGAUUGAAAGUUUUGAGUUCACUUCUUUUGUUCAGAGGCUGGCUUGGCUUCCUCCGUCUUGUAUUUUAUCCGAUUCUAUCUAUUAAGGCACGAUUUGAAACUAGAACCGGAGGGAAUAUAUAAAGUUCCAUAACUGUUCAAACAAACAUAUCUCGACUGUUGUAGAUUCUAUAACGACUAUAGCAAAAGCGACAUACACUUGAUGCUUCAGAACUGUAUCCAGAACGGGAAGAUUUCCCCUAUAAUCAACCUUAAGUAGGUUCACAUAGCUAAAGAAGUAGUAUUUCCAGAAUUGAAUGGUUCAGAAAACCGAUGCCCGGAGGACAAAGGGCUGAAGCCUAAUCAUUGUUCCAAUAAACUAUUAACAUUACAUUGCUUUCUACAAGGUACUAACUGCGAAGAAUAGUGCAAGCUGAAUAAUUUUUACUAAUAUACAGCACGUAUGAUCACUGAAUUUUUAUGUAUUUACCUCAGGCCUUAGCCUUAGGACUCUUUUGGCGCACUGGUUUUUGAAGGGCCACAUCGUUCCACCAUAACGUCAUAUAGCUGCUUUCCAUUCUGCUCAGAAGAAAUAGCAAAACGAAUCAAAUGACUACUACUUAUUAAGGCCUGUGACCUGAAUAGAAACAUAUUUCAAGUUCCAAUGACUUUUCUUACGAAAAUGACAGGGAAGAAGUGCACUUGUCCCUCCGGCCUCGUUUGUGUCUCCUUAAAAUAAACAAGAAUUGGAAAAUUCGGCCACCAGAGCUCCCAGUUCACGAAACUCGAAUACCUGCAAAGUUAACCAAGGGGUGAGAUGAAAGUGAUGAUGCCAAAGUUUGAAGGGGAAAGCAAAGGGUCUAUGCAGAUUCUACACUCACUUCCAACGGUUUUUUCCACCA